AUGGGCUGGCUGCAGGGCCUGCUCCGGGCCCGGAACCUGCUGCUGGUCGUCUGUGUGCCACUGCUGCUGCUGCCCCUGCCCGUCCUGCACCCCAGUAGCGAAGCUGCAUGCGCUUACGUGCUCAUCGUGACCGCCGUGUACUGGGUGUCCGAGGCAGUACCUCUUGGAGCUGCAGCCCUGGUGCCUGCCUUCCUCUACCCGUUCUUCGGAGUGCUCCGAUCCAGUGAGGUGGCGGCGGAGUACUUCAAGAACACCACACUGCUGCUGGUGGGCGUCAUCUGCGUGGCGGCCGCGGUGGAGAAGUGGAACUUGCACAAGCGCAUCGCUCUGCGCAUGGUCCUGAUGGCCGGAGCCAAACCGGGCAUGCUGUUGUUGUGUUUCAUGUGCUGCACCACACUGCUGUCCAUGUGGCUGUCCAACACGUCCACCACCGCCAUGGUGAUGCCCAUCGUGGACGCCGUGCUGCAGGAGCUGGUCAGUGCCGAGGAGGAGCAGCUCGUGGCGGGCAACUCCAGCACCGAAGAGGCCGAGCCCAUCAGUGUUGAUGUGAAAAGCAGCCAGCCUUCCCUGGAACUCAUCUUUGUCAAUGAAGACUCGUCCACCGCAGACUUCACUUCUCUGAUGCACCACAAGAAUGUGAAUGGAGCGCCCACAAUCACCACCACCAUCAAAACAGCAAACCAGCACCAGAGCCGGAGGCAGCACUCGACCCAGGGAAAGCCCCCAGCCCGGGCCCCCAAUGCCAGGACCCAGGAACUGAGCAGGAAGUACAGGUCCCAGCAUGACCAAAUGGUGUGCAAGUGCCUUUCUCUGAGCAUAUCCUACGCGGCGACCAUCGGAGGCCUGACCACCAUCAUCGGCACCUCCACCAGCCUCAUCUUCCUGGAGCAUUUCAACAACCAGUACCCCAGCGCGGACGUGGUGAACUUCGGCACCUGGUUCCUCUUCAGCUUCCCCAUAGCCCUCAUCAUGUUGGUGGUCAGCUGGUUCUGGAUGCACUGGCUGUUCCUGGGCUGCAACUUCAAAGAGACCUGCUCUCUGAGCAAGAAGAAGAAGACCAAAAGGGAAGAGCUGUCGGAGAAGAGGAUCCAAGAGGAAUAUGAAAAGCUGGGAGACAUCAGCUACCCUGAAAUGGUGACUGGAUUUUUCUUCAUCCUGAUGACCGUGCUGUGGUUCACGCGGGAGCCAGGCUUUGUCCCCGGCUGGGAUUCUUUGUUUGAAAAGAAAGGCUACCGCACGGAUGCCACGGUCUCUGUCUUUCUGGGCUUCCUCCUCUUCCUCAUUCCAGCGAAGAAGCCCUGCUUUGGGAAAAAGAAGGAAGGGGAGGACAGAGAGCCGCCCUCCACGAAGACAGAGUCCAUCAUCACGUGGAGAGACUUCCAGAAGACCAUGCCCUGGGAGAUUGUCAUCCUGGUGGGGGGUGGCUACGCCCUAGCUUCAGGUAGCAAGAGUUCCGGUCUCUCCACAUGGAUUGGGCACCAGAUGUUGGCCUUGAGCAGCCUCCCACCAUGGGCUGUCACGCUGCUGGCCUGUAUCCUGGUGUCCAUUGUCACAGAAUUUGUGAGCAAUCCAGCCACCAUCACCAUCUUCCUACCCAUCCUGUGCAGCCUGUCGGAAACGCUGCACAUGAACCCUCUCUACACCCUAAUCCCGGUCACCAUGUGCAUCUCCUUCGCAGUGAUGCUGCCUGUGGGCAAUCCUCCCAAUGCCAUUGUCUACAGCUACGGGCACUGCCAGAUCAAGGACAUGGUGAAAGCUGGCCUGGGAGUCAACGUCAUUGGCCUGGUGAUAGUGAUGGUGGCCAUCAACACUUGGGGAGUUAGCCUCUUCCAACUGGACACUUUUCCAGCCUGGGCUAAGGUCGGUAAUAUCACUGAUCAGGCCUAACGCAAGUGGACAAAAGGGCCAGAUCCAUGGAGCUGCACUGGGAAGAAAAC